AUGGUCUACUACUUCACCUCCAAGGCGGUCGACCCGGCCGCUUUCAUUUACGUCGGCAAGGACAAGUUUGAGAAUGAGGAGUUGAUCAAGUACGGCUGGGAGGAAGACGUCUGGGUACGCAAAUUCCACGUAGACAAACUCUCCUCAGCCCACAUCUACCUCCGCCUCCCAGACCCAAAGGAUCCCUCCACGACAACGCCCAUGACAUGGGACGCCAUCCCCGAACCCCUCCUCACCGAUCUCGCCCAGCUCACAAAGGCAAACUCCAUCGAGGGCAACAAAAAGGAUAACAUCACAAUCAUCUACACCCCCUGGUCCAACCUAAAAAAGGACGGCAGCAUGGCCGUCGGCCAAGUCUCCUUCAAGGACCCGCGUAAAGUAAAAAAGGUGCUCGUCGCGCAGCGCGAAAACCCCAUCGUGAACAGGCUCAACAAGACCAAGGUCGAGAAGAAGCCUGAUCUGCAGCAGGAGAGGGAUGAUCGGUUGAAGGAGUUGAGGAAGAGGGACCAGGCUUCUACUCUUGAGAGGAAACGAGAAGAGGCCCGCGUUAUGCAGGAGCGCAAGGAGAAGAAGUGGCAAAAGGAUCACGCAUAUGAUGACAUCUUUACGGAAGAGAACAUGGAGGCCACGAGCAACCAGAACCGCGACGAGAACUGGGAAGACGACUUCAUGUAG